AUGACUUCAGGCGUCGGUGAUGGUGGUGAUGGCUGGCUAAUCCGAAGCCAGCGCGGAGCUGCCAGAGGUCACAUAUGCCUUUACGGUUUGGUCACUGCGCUCUUCAUCGCAUAUCGACAUGCUGUUCCACAGAAAGAGGAUGCGCACCGCCAUCUCGAGUUGAUCUUGUGGCUCCUGGGGGCAACAGAAGGUGGUGAGCAGCUCUUUGACUUCAUGGAGUCGACUUCCUGGCCGGUUCGGAGUAUUGACGUGGAGUUGAACCUGGACAUUGCCAAAUCAAAGCAAGCUCCUCGCUUCGUGCGAUUCUCGCAGAUGCGCCUGCUGAGCACAGGCAGACCUCCCAAGGCAUUGCCUGAACAAGAUCUUCAAUCGUCCCUUUGUUCGCUGGUGCUCCCUGACCUGGCUGUUUUUGGGAUUCACGGCGCCACUUCCUUGGAGCCGGCUUCUGCCAUCUACGCUGCCCAGAAGGCCAUGAAGAGUGACUUGGGGUGCGUGUCCACUCCACCAAAGGUGAGAUUUUAUGGGCACCCAUGCCCAAGCUAUGCCAAGACGGAGUAUCUGUGCGAGUGGGCCAAAGUCCUUCCAGACUUCGCCGAGGUCACGCCGAAGAUGGAUCCGAUUGCAGAGCUGCUGGCAACACUGGUCGAUUUCGCUGAUCAGCAUGUGGAACAGGCAUGGAGUUUGCAUGACAGCUUGGCCCUCCUUUUCCAGUUUGUGGAGGCUGAUGCCGUCGUCCGCCAGUCCUUUUGGGUUUGCAGUGGUCCGGCAGUCCUCUGCGCCAUGUUGCACAUCAUUGAGCCGGCCCGGCAGAUGCUAGUUUGGCAUUGUCGCCAUCUCCUUGAUGGAAUGCGGGCCCAGACAAACGGUACUUCCACUGCGCUCCUUGGGCUCUUGCGGACCAUGGCCUUUUCAAGGCCACGAUGCUACUUUGUGUCCUGCGAAGCCUUUGCUGCCAAGCAGGCAGCUUGGCAGCUCGCCAUGCCUGAACCGCAGGUCCAGAAACGCUUGGCGCUGUAUGUCGAGCCAUACAAGUGGCAUGGGCUGAAUGCAAGGUCGACGGAUGUGUUCGUAAUGCGCUCGAUGUUGUGGUCACGCGUCCCUGGAAUGUACUUUCGGGCGGUGCUGCAGGCCUUCCUUCGAGAGAAUGCCCACGUUGUCCCGCUGAACUUUCGCUUUGCAAACGAAGUGGGGUUUGUUCCUUAUUCUGACAUUGCUCUUCACCGCUGUGCCAUUCUUGUCCCAAACGACUUGACGAUGGCUGCCUUUGCAGAGGCAUUCACGAUGGGUCUGCCUUUGUUUCUCCCAGCGGAUGAAUGGCUCUACAGGUUGCAGAAAUCUGUGCCUUACGGCUUUAUGGUCCACGGCGCUGCUCUAUUUGGCACUCAACUUGGGCACCUUCACGGCAGCCCGUUGCCACCUGUAUGGUGUGAAAAAGCUCAGUCCUUGAUAGCCGUCAUGAGCUGGUUGAGGUUGUCUGACUUCUCUACUUGGCCUUCCACACUCCGAUUCCGCUCCAUACCAGAUCUUCUUGAAGGUUUGGUCUCGGCAGACUUCAGAUCGGUCAGCCAGGAGAUGCUUCGCUGGUCCUCCGCCAACAAGGACGAGGGCUUGCGCCGGUGGUCCGCCCUACUGGCAGGCAUGCAGGGCGGCACCUGGUCUGACUCCGAGCCGAGGUCAGAAGAGAUCGCCGUGAAGGAUGUGAGCAGGGAAGAUGUGCUUUAUGCUGCGCUGGCCUGUGAGCACGAAACAUUCGACAAAUUCGGAUGGCCCGCCUUCCGAGCUGCUCUCGAGACAGAUGCAGUUUCAGGUUCCACGACCGGAGAGACUGCUGCCUUCAGUGAGAUUGCCAUCUCUACCCUGCAAAAGGCUUUCGAGGCUGACAGGAACGCGAGGAGUUCCAGUGUUCUUGACGCGAUCACCCAGCCAUUGAAGCACUUCCUGACCAACCUAACUCUGCAUGGCAAGGCCGACAUUCGAGGCUUGGACGGUUAUUGCCACUUGGGUCUGGCUUGCGCGCUGCUGUUGCAGGCGAGCCAAGAGCUGCGGCACGACAAUGUGGCCACCAAGGUCACUUGGCUGGUGGGCUUGGCCAAUCAGUUGCUGGCACCGCUGAUGGAGGAUGCUUGA